UUAAAAGUCAAAAAAAAAAAGUCAAAUGUGAAGAAAGAGUAAAUAUUUUACUCCACUUUCUUUGUUUAUUAUUAGCAUUGAUUUGCUUAGCUAACCAUUAACCAAUAUAAGUACUCCUAUCAAAAAACCCAGUUGGUAGAAAAUUAAUAGCCCUAAAAUUAGAGGAAAAUCCUGUAACCCAAAUCUGGUCUGAUCAGAUCUUACUUUGUGGGAUUUUGUUUAUUUGGUGGGUCUUAUAUGAACAGAAAACCCAUUAUCCUCAAUCCUCAUUUCUGCUUUUUCUUCUUUUCAACACUCAUCCAUUACCAACAACAUAAAUCACAAAAGAGAAACUUCUGGGUUCAUUCAAGAAAACAAUUUGAUUGGGUUUUAUUUGCUUAACUUGUUGGUCCAAAAAUGGGGAUGCCUGUUGAACCUCAAUUCCAUGUCUUAGCUGUUGAUGAUAGCUUAAUAGAUAGAAAGCUUAUUGAAAGGCUUUUAAAGACUUCUUCAUAUCAAGUUACAACAGUGGAUUCAGGCAUUAAAGCUUUAGAAUUUCUGGGUUGGCAAGAAGAACAACCUUCAGUUUCUCCUGAUUGUCAGAAGGAAAUAAAAGUGAAUCUUAUUAUAACAGACUAUUGUAUGCCUGGGAUGACUGGCUAUGAUUUGCUAAAGAAAGUCAAGGAAUCCUCGUCGUUCAAAAACAUACCAGUAGUUAUAAUGUCAUCCGAGAAUGUCCCUUCUAGAAUUACCAGAUGCUUGGAGGAAGGGGCGGAAGAAUUCAUCCUCAAACCAGUGCGAUUAUCGGAUGUAAAUAGGCUUAAACCCCACAUGUUGAGAGCUAAAUACGGGCAACAACAUCGAAACAUGUUAGAAGAAUGCCAAAAACCGAAGCCAAAAGCUGUCGACCAACCACCACCGCAACUGCCCACACAGCAACAAGAGCAAGCACCCGAGCAACAAAUUGAAGAACGUCGUAUAAAACAACACGAACAACCUCAACACCAAGUAGAAGUACAUCAACAACAGAACAACAAGAGAAAGACCAUGGAAGAUGGACUCUCACAAGAUAGAACAAGACCAAGAUACAAUGAUCUUACCACUGUAGUCUAAUUAGUGCAAUUUUCUUUUUUAUUUUGUUGGGUAGUUUAAUCAAAUUAAAUCCUCCCUUUUUUUCCCAUUUACCCUUUAAUUUUUAUUAUUACCCUUUGCUAUUUUUUCCUUAUAUAUAAUGAUAAAAAAAUACCCUUUAAAAAUACCCUUUAGAGAAUUUGUAGAGAUGAUAAGGAGAUAUGUAUAUUAUGAAGGGUUGGGGUAGGAAGAGAGGAGUUGACAACUAUGGAAAGCCUUGUACAUUUUAUAAUGAACAUAAUGCAAUAUUCAAUUUUUUCCA